UCUGUCGCCCAGGCUGGAUCACAGUGGCUCGAUCUUGGCUCACUACAACCUCCUCCUCCUGGGGUCAAGCGAUUUUCUGCCUCAGCCUCCCGAAUGGCUGGGCUUAAGGACGCCUGCCACCACUCCUGGCUACCUGGCUUCUUUUUGCCCAAGUGAUUUGCUGAAACAGAGCCUCUUCCUCCAGCAGACUUGGACUCUUAAGCGUGUCCCGUGUCCACCCUGUCCUUUGUGUACUCCUCUCCCUGGCCAGGAUCUCACCCUGGCAGGGCAAGGGCAAAAUGGGCCCUAACUGUAAGGUGGGUGGGCUGGGAUAAGGAGGCCUGGAGGAGGCCAGAUAAAGCCAGCCCCAAGGUCUGGAAGCCCUCCCAAGCAUAGCCCCCUCGCCUCCCAUCUGCCUGCCUGCCUGCGUGCUUACCUUUAACCUCUACCUAGUUGUUAUUUAACUCGCGGUGAGGUUCUGACCAGUCCCACGCUCCACUCCAGAAACCCGCUAGGGAAGCUAAGUCCAUGGGCUGAUCCUAGGAUGAGGGCAGGAACCUAUCAGGUAAAACCUUUCUCCCUGUACACUGGAGAGACCAGAACCUCUUCCCCCAGUCCCAUCAGGGGAGGGGAGGCCUUGGCAUCUCCCCAAAUCACGUUCUCUGGGUCAACAAGCCUCACAACUCCAGCUAAAUCCUGGGUAGAGGUGACUUGGCAGAGAUGCCCACACGUGUGUGUCACUUCGUGCCCUACCCAGAAGGGGAGCAGGAGACCAAGGGAUGAGAGGUGCCAGGUCCCUGGCUGCCUCCUUGCCAGUGGCUGAGAAGUUCUGGUGGGAAGGAACCAUGGAGGGCCCAUCCAGACAACCUUCCUCAGCUAAAACUGCCUCCUUCCAGGAUGCCGUGCGCAUGCUUAAUACCCUGCAGACCAAUGCCGGCUACCUGGAGCAGGUGAAGCGCCAGCGGGGUGACCCCCAGACACAGCUGGAAGCCAUGGAACUGUACCUGGCACGGAGUGGGCUGCAGGUGGAGGACUUGGACCGGCUGAACAUCAUCCACGUCACUGGGACGAAGGGGAAGGGCUCCACUUGUGCCUUCACGGAAUGUAUCCUCCGAAGCUAUGGCCUGAAAACGGGAUUCUUUAGCUCUCCCCACCUGGUGCAGGUUCGGGAGCGGAUCCGCAUCAAUGGGCAGCCCAUCAGUCCCGAGCUCUUCACCAAGUACUUCUGGCGCCUCUACCACCGGCUGGAGGAGACCAAGGAUGGCAGCUGUGUCUCCAUGCCCCCCUACUUCCGCUUCCUGACACUCAUGGCCUUCCACGUCUUCCUCCAAGAGAAGGUGGACCUGGCAGUGGUGGAGGUGGGCAUUGGCGGGGCUUAUGACUGCACCAACAUCAUCAGGAAGCCUGUGGUGUGCGGCGUCUCUUCUCUUGGCAUCGACCACACCAGCCUCCUGGGGGACACGGUGGAGAAGAUUGCAUGGCAGAAAGGGGGCAUCUUUAAGCAAGGCGUCCCUGCCUUCACUGUGCUCCAACCUGAAGGUCCCCUGGCAGUGCUGAGGGACCGAGCCCAGCAGAUCUCAUGUCCUCUCUACCUGUGUCCGACGCUGGAGGCCCUGGAGGAAGGGGGGCCGCCGCUGGCCCUGGGCCUGGACGGGGAGCACCAGCGGUCCAAUGCCGCCUUGGCCUUGCAACUGGCCCACUGCUGGCUGCAGCGGCAGGACCACCAUGGUGCUGGGGAGGUGAAAGCAUCCAGGCCGGGGCUCCUGUGGCAGCUGCCCCUGGCACCCGUGUUCCAGCCCACAUCCCACAUGCGGCUCGGGCUUCGGAACACGGAGUGGCUGGGGCGGACACAGGUGCUGCGGCGCGGGCCCCUUACCUGGUACCUGGACGGCGCGCACACCCCCAGCAGCGUGCAGGCCUGCGUGCGCUGGUUCCGCCAGGCGCUGCAGGGCCGAGAGAGGCCGAGCGGCAGUGGGCCCGAGGUUCGAGUCUUGCUCUUCAAUGCUACCGGGGACCGGGACCCGGCGGCCUUGCUGAAACUGCUGCAGCCGUGCCAGUUUGACUAUGCCGUCUUCUGCCCCAACCUGACAGAGGUGUCAUCCACAGGCAAUGCAGACCAACAGAACUUCACGGUGACACUGGACCAGGUUCUGCUCCGCUGCCUGGAACACCAGCAGCACUGGAACCACCUGGACGAAGAGCAGGCCAGCCCAGACCUCUGGAGCGCCCCCAGCCCAGAGCCUGCUGGGCCCACAUCCCUACUGCUGGCGCCCCACCCACCCCACACCUGCAGCGCCAGCUCCCUCGUCUUCAGCUGUAUUUCACAUGCCUUGCAAUGGAUCAGCCAAGGCCGAGACCCUGUCUUCCAGCCACCCACUCCCCCAAAGGGCCUCCUCACCCACCCUGUGGCUCACAGUGGGGCCAGCGUACUCCAUGAGGCUGCUGCCAUCCAUGUGCUGGUCACUGGCAGCCUGCACCUGGUGGGUGGUGUCCUGAAGCUGCUGGAGCCUGCACUGUCCCAGUAGCUGAGGCCCGGGGUUGGAGGUGGGAGCCUCCCACACCUGCCUGCGUUCUCCCCAUGAACUUACAUACUAGGUGCCUUUUGUUUUCUGCUUUCCUGGUUCUGUCUAGACUGGCCUAGGGAUCAGGGCUCUGGGAUGGGAGGCCAGGAGAGGAUGUCCUCUUUUCUAAGGCUCUGUGCCUUGGUCUUUCCUUCCUCCUGGCCGAGAUAGCGAGGGGCUCCCUGGGUCUCUCACUGUUGCAGUGGCCUGGCCGUUCAGCCUGUCUCCCCCCCAUACCCUGCCUGCCUCCUGGCUCAGGCCCAGCGUAUUGUGUGCACUGCCUGGCCAGGCCCUGGGUCCUGCCAUGUGCUGGGUGGUAGAUUUCUUCCUCCCAGUGCCUUCUGGGAAGGGAGAAGGCCUCUGCCUGGGACACCCUAGGACAGUGGGUGGCUGGAGUGAAUUAAAGCCUUUAACUUUGUUUUUUAAAGAAA